AAGUGUUGUUUUUUUAAAGGGACAGGAGCGAUUUUAAUGGGCGACGGCUGCUGGGGGAAAAAUAGCACACACACACACACACACACACACACACUCUGAUCCAAGGGCCCGGUGGCGAAGGACGUGGAUUGUAUAAGAAAAGGAGCAGAAAGCGUAAGAUUGGGGGCAGUAAUGGAGGUGUGCUGGAGAAGGUGAACAUGGAGACACUGGUAUGGUGUCGAGGUGUUUGGGCUGGAGAAGAGAAGAGAAGAGAAGAGAAGAGAAGAGAGAGAAGAGAGGAGAAGAGAGGAGAGGAGAGCUGAUCUGAUCCGCUGUUACUAAAAAUAAGAGAGCAAACUCUUUUUCUUCCUGCACUCACACACACACACACACACACACACACACACGGUGGCUUUGUAAGCGACUUCACCCUGCCUUCAUCAUCCUCGUCUUCUGACACUAAACCCAGGGGACGGACAGACUGAGAGUGGAGAGAGAGGAAGAGGAGAGAGGAAGUGUUGCAAAGUUCUAAGGGUCUGGAAUGCCCUGGUCAUGAUGCAGCCCCCGAGCGACCCGGCAGGAGCCCCGGUGGAGCAUGAUUGGCCACUGGAGUUGUGUGGGAGGAGUUUGAGGGUAGACGUUAGCUGGAAGCUUCACUGACACUCUGCCGCUUUGUCGUAUUGUGUCUCUCUGUCCCCAGGGCUUUGUUUCUCUUCCUGUGUAGGAAUGCUGUUGUUGCGUCACUCGAGCAGCGUCGGAGACGGCCGAACUCGGGGACUAGACUCGGAGACAAAAGUCUCCCCGAGUGUCCUCACAUUCACCCAGACGCUGUGGAGAAGAGCGAGCAGGCAGACGUGUGUCGUGCUGCAAGGCAUUGUGGGAAGCUCAGUAUGCUGAUCCUGAAGCGGACCUCCGGGAUCUAAACCUCUUUCACUUCCUGUUUCUUUUUGUUUUUGUGGAACUCUGCAGAACUUUUCAGUACUUUUUAUAACGUAUAUAAACAUCAAUUACAGUAUUGCAGCUGUCUUAAAAAAAACUUAAAUAAACUAAAACCUCACCAUGCGUCACAUCCACGUGGAGCUGGUCCGGAAGGAGGCUCAGGCCGGAGACCUGCCGCCACCAAGCGACCCACAGGUGACCUACGACCCCCAGCCCAGACCCCUGAACCAGGAAGAGCUGCGGCUGCACAAGGUUUAUCAGCUUUCCAUCUUUUCCCAGAGAGGAGGCUUUAAAGGAGGGACGAAGCGCGGAUUAGACGAUGCGUCCGACCCCGUGGUCGCCCCCAAACGCCUCCUUCAGGACGAGGACGACGAUGAGGGCGACGAGGAAGAAAUGGAGGGGGAAAUACUGUGUGGGAGAGGCUCCGCCCCCUUAUUACCGCCUCUCCCCGCAAAAGACGCGUUUGCCCCGCUGUCACCCAAAUCGCCCCCCAUGGUGGACCCUCACACGCCCCCCACUGCCCCUCUGGAGCCCUCACAGUCCUCCUGGCCACCCUUAACCCCCACAGAGGCUGCGGAUUGGGGGGCAGAGCUGGAAAAGACCCCUCCUCCUUCAGAAAGACCGCCCCACCCACCAUCACCCCCCUCCUGCUCUAACGGGUCAAGUACAUCAGACAGGAGUGUGGAGGUGAAGAAGAAGAAGCUGCUGUCCUUCAGUGAUAUUGGAGACUCAUGUUCUGAGGAUGAAGGACCCUCCACAUCUAAACGCUGCCGUCUGGCCCUGACCCCCGGCAUAGGCCUGGCACCCGGGCGCAGCACCGACUCCAAGGCUGCCCCCUACUGGACACACCUCCUGCCCACUGCCAGAGAGCAGGGCAAAAGCUCCACUGAAUGUUCCCGAACAUCUCGGAGACUAAAGACCAGCGCUCACCUCAAAUCUCGUCAGCUGCGCAGUGGGCGGCGUACAGACACCAGCCGCACGUCGUGUUCAUCACUAGCCGUUAGCAGGUCGCUUUUGGGAAACUUUGAGGAGUCGAUCCUCAAGGGUCGGUUCUCGCCGUCAGGACGUAUUGAGGGGUUCACGGCCGAGAUCGGGGCGAGUGGCUCGUACUGCCCCAAACACGCAACUCUACCUGUACAGGUGACCUACUACGAUACGUCCGAGCACAGCGCACCCUCCCCCUUCCUGGGUGUGAUCUCACUGGAGCCCCUGGGAAAGAAAGGAUACAGUGUACCUAAAGCAGGGACCAUUCAAGUGACCUUAUUUAACCCCAAUAAGACUGUGGUGAAGAUGUUCCUGGUGACCUACAACUUUGGGGACAUGCCCGUCAAUCACAUGACCUUCCUGCGCCACCGCAUUUUCCUGGUGCCUGUCGAGGAGGAAGGGGCGGGGUCAGACAGCUCCGCCUCCGAUAGGAAGAGGAUUCUAUGCUACCUGAUACACCUUAGAUUCCAGAGCUCCAAAUCAGGAAAGAUCUACUUGCACAACGAUAUACGGCUGCUAUUCUCCCGCAAAUCCAUCGAGGUGGACACGGGGAUCCCUUACGAACUCAAGUCCUUCACCGAGGUGCCAAGAAACCCAAAAUACUCCCCUCGGGUGUGACCCCGAACUGCAGGAGGGACAUGUAGGAAAACUAAUAAAGUAACGCCUUCUGACUCGAGAACAGCGCAUCUUGAAAAUGCACACACACGCACGCACACACACACCAGAACAAACGCAAGACUCUCCUUUGAUGUAGCUUUGUGACCGAAGAGUGUUUCCCCCUAGACUAUGUGUUUGCUCUGUAUAAGCACCGCCCACUCGAGACUGACUCCACCAAUCAGAUGGGGCGUCUUGUUGCAGGAAACAGGACUGCAGAGGGACCGUAGUGGCUCUGGGACUACAGAUUUCUGUCAGUAUGAGAUUCCUGGUUCUCUGUAACACGUCUUGAUUAUCAGAGAGGGAACCACACGCCCUCCACUCGAUCACUGCACGAGGAACUGAUCCGUAGGGAAACGGACGCGGGGUCUUUAUGUGGGAAUGUAGACGGAGAGAAGGACAUGUCGACUAACCGUGUUAGCAUUAAUAAUCUGUACGGGGAGCGCGCGGCGCUACACACCUGGACUCCAUCAGGAACUCCCAUCCACCACCUGCAGGCCGGCUCCAGUACUGCAGCUAUUAAUGCAACAGCAGCAACAAAGGCCUUUAAAUAGCAUCAGGGGCACUUUAUAAUACACACCAAAUCUCACCUAGCAGGGGGAGUUCACACACAAUACACCAGUCCAACACACAGACAUACUGUUAUACAGCUUGUUAAGUCUACCCAGACUUUUAGCCCUCUACACGCCGGUGUUAAUACUGUGAUCAUGAUACCUUUCGUGUCUUUUUAUUCAAGUUCUGUAAAUCUCACCCUCAUGAUCGUCUAGAAAACCCUCGUAAACUGAUCCAUAUGACCGCACUUUUUAAAGCCAAUUAUUUAAAAAAAUACACAUUUUGUAUUUGUUGAUAGACUCUGAGGAGGGUCAAUUGGACGACACCACAUUUAAGAGCAGAAUUAGAUGUUUGGCUUCAGUAGAUUUUUUUGCACAUGAUUAUAAACUCUCCUUUACAUUCACCAAAGGCCUUUAAACACUUACCAUGACGACACGUAUGCACUGACACCAAACACGUGCUACCUAGACGUCUUUCUGAGCGCUCUGUCCAACCUGACACAACUGAAUUAGACAGUCUGAUUUCAUCCAAUCAUUCAGCUUCAAUAACACACCAAUGGUCAAAAAGCCAGAGUCCAGGCUGUAGAAGCGCUGCGCCCCCUGCAGGACCCCUGCAGUAGUGUUUUAUUUAACUUUAACUUUAUUUAACCCAGAAAAUAAAAUACAUGAGAGUGUAAUAUGCUGCACACGGA